UGUGGUGACCCUUGUCUGCAGGAGAGUGGCAACGCUCCCAAACAGAAUUCUCCAGACUCGGACUCCUGUCCAUCCUCCCCAAAGCACGCAUCCUCACCCUCAGAGAAGUGUGGGGUUCUCAACGUCACCAAAAUCACGGAGAAUGGCAAGAAAGUCCGGAAGAACUGGGCCUCCACAUGGACUGUGCUGCAAGGCUCUUCUCUGCUCUUUGCAAAAGGACAAACUGGAACUAGCUGGUCUCUCUAUUCCACCAGCUCUUUCCCUGAGCUGAUCCUUUCGCUGAUAAGCAACUGGACGCGUUCAAUCAAGCCCCGCCCCGCUGUCUCCUAUGUCCAAUCAGGGCGCGUCAAAGCUGCCUCUAAGUUUGGUGGUGGCCAGUCGAAGCCGGAGUUCAGUGUGGACCUGAGAGGAGGCUCUGUGGACUGGGCCUCUAAAGACAAGUCCAGCAAGAAGCACGUCAUCGAGCUGAAGACUCGUCAGGGCACCGAGCUGCUGAUCCAGUCUGAGAUCGACAGCGUCAUCAAUGACUGGUUCAGGGCGCUGUGUGAGACGGUCAACACACAUGCCUGGGAGUCCGAUGAGGCCAUUGAGGAGGACAUGCCUGAGUCCCCCACUGAGAAGCAUGACAAGGAGAAGGAUCACCGAGACUCCAAGAAGAACAGAGGUUCUAAGGGUUCUGUGAAUGUGGACGCGGAACAGAAGAAGACCCGUGUGAAGCUGAAGAAGUUCCUCACGCGCAGACCAACGCUCCAGGCCGUCAGAGACAAGGGAUACAUCAAAGACCAAGUGUUUGGCUGCAGUCUGAGCAGCCUGUGCCAGAGGGAGAACUCCACAGUGCCCAGUUUUGUGAGGAUGUGCAUCGAUCACGUGGAGAAAACAGGGUUGAGUAUUGAUGGCUUGUACAGAGUGAGUGGGAACUUGGCAGUCAUUCAGAAGCUUCGCUUUGCCAUCAAUCAUGAUGAGACGGUGGAGCUGGACGACAGCAAGUGGGAGGACAUCCAUGUGACCACAGGAGCUCUCAAGAUGUUUUUCCGUGAGCUUCCGGAACCCCUCUUCACCUACGCAUCCUUCAACGACUUUGUGAAUGCCAUCAAGUGUCCAGACUACCAGCAGAGGGUGGGCUCUGUCAGAGAUCUCAUCAGGCAGCUGCCACGCCCCAAUCAGGACACCAUGCAGACUCUCUUUAAACACCUCAGACGAGUGAUUGAUCACGGCGAUGAGAACCGGAUGACGUCGCAGAGCGUUGCCAUAGUGUUCGGCCCCACCCUGCUGCGGCCCGAGGCGGAGUCCGGCAACAUGGCGGUCCACAUGGUCUACCAGAAUCAGAUCGUGGAGCUGGUCCUUCUAGAGCAAGAGUCCAUUUUCGGCAGGUAGACCGGACGGCCAUCAACGCAGCCCCCCCCCACCCCCCCCAAAGACCUGGACCAUCACCCCCCCCCCCCCAUCUCCAUCUCGCACAAUCCAGACCGAAGGAGGGGGAGAGACGCCAGCCUUCAGCUUCCUGCUUCCUGCUUUCUACUUCCUGUUUGGAGCUUCUCAGCCAAUCCACACCAUGCGCAGCCUGUGGAAACAGAGGAAGACUGUUGCUAUUAACGAGCAUUAAUGAGCAUUAAUGACUGCAUCUAAUGAGGCGCAGCGAUGAUGCCUCUUCGCCUGCACUUAAACGUGUGGACCCGAUGAAUGGGCUGAUUUCAUGCUGUGUGUGCUUGAGCGUGUGUGUGUGUGUGUGUGUGUGUGUGUGUGUGUGUGUGUGUUGGUGAGGGAUAGAUCUGAAGGAGUGUGUGUGAAAGACUGUGUGUGUGUGUAUUUGUGUGUGUAUUUGUGUGCUCACCUUGGAUCCAGGGCACACACAGCCAACACUGGACUCCUAUGGCCAGUACUGGUGAUACAGUAUCUAUAAGUGGGACUUUCACAAAGCAGUGAAUCAUGGGACAUGUAGUUUUUUUUUUUUCCUCUUCCUUGUGGAACUGGAAGGUGUGGUGAGCCCCAGUUGACUACAGGGCGGCUUCGGGACAGAGGCACUCACUAGUCACCAAAGGCUCACGCGUAAGCAGUGUUAUAGGUGGACCUCAGCACCAGAUCUGUACAGGGUUACACUGAUUGUGGUGUGUGUGUGUGUGUGUGUGUGUGUGUGUGUGUGUGUGUGUGUCUGUGUCUGUGUUUUUUCUCUUGUUACUGCACUCUUCCUUGCCUAAGAACUGCACCCCAUUCAUGUUCAUGUUGGGUAAUAAAUGAAGUAUUUUGUGUGUGUGUGAGAGAGAAAGAGAGAGAGUGUGUGUGUGUGUGUGUGUGUGUAUAUGUAUAAAGCACAGAGGUGUGUGGAACGCAACGGUUUGCUAAUAAAUGAAUAAAUGAAAUGAUUAAUGAGUAAAUAUAAGCUCUGUCAGGGACGUCAGUAUUUGUCCAGAAGUCUACGUUUGUGGUUUGAUGUGGUGCAGAGUCUACAGUGACCUCGUCCCUGUGUGUGUGUGUGUGUGUGUGAACCCACUCUGACCCCCAGCACACACCCCUUCAUGCUUUUUUCACCUCAUCCAUCUUUCUUUUUUCUUUUCUUUUCUCUCAUUUCAUUCUUCCUCUCUUCCGUCUUUCUUUCUACAUUUGAGCUGCUGAUUCCUUUUCCUCCUCCUUUCUUUCUCUCUUUCUUUUUUCCCCUCUUUUCAACCCUCUCUCUCUAUCCCUCUCUUCCUUUCCUCCACUCAAACGCUGGUGAGGUGAAGAUGAUUGUCUGAUGUUUUGUGUUUGUACCUCAUUGGAAAAGGGCAUAAAGUCUAUUUGUGUGUGUGUGUAUGUGUGUGUCCACUAGAUUGUGAUGGGACUGUGACUGAUAGCAUUUCAGUUUCGGACUGCUGAAGAGCGAGAGUGUGUGUGUGUGCGUAGUGCAGUGAUGGCCUGCGCUCUCUGAAUCUAACUGCUGUCUGUGACGUUGCCAUGUCUAAUUGCUAUUAAAGAAAUAAGCAAGUGAA